GCAGUGGGCCACAUCAUGACCGUUGCUGUAUUUAUAAUGAAAACAACUUGGUGGAUGGCGUUUAUUGUCUUCCGAUUGGACACUGGAUUGAGGCCACUGGGCACACCAAUGAAAUGAAGCACACCACAGACUUCUAUUUUAAUAUUGCGGGUCACCAAGCCAUGCAUUAUUCCAGAAUUCUACCAAAUAUCUGGCUGGGCAGCUGCCCUCGCCAAUUGGAACACGUAACCAUCAAACUGAAGCACGAAUUGGGGAUUACGGCUAUAAUGAACUUCCAGACUGAAUGGGACAUUGUACAGAACUGCUCAGGCUGUAACCGCUCCCCAGAACCCAUGACUCCAGACACCAUGAUGAAGUUGUACAGGGAAGAGGGCUUGGUCUACAUCUGGAUGCCCACGCCAGACAUGAGCACUGAAGGCCGAGUCCAGAUGCUGCCCCAGGCGGUGUGCCUCCUGCACGCGCUGCUGGAGAACGGCCACACGGUGUACGUGCACUGCAACGCGGGCGUGGGCAGGUCCUCCGCGGCCGUCUGCGGCUGGCUGCACUACGUGCAGGGCUGGAGCCUCAGGAAGGUGCAGUAUUUCCUCAUGUCCAAAAGGCCCGCCGUGUACAUCGACGAAGACGCACUGGCCCAGGCGAAAGAAGACUUUGUUCAGAAGUUCGGCCAGGUCCGUUGUUCCAUCAGCAGCGUCUAGUUGGCCAAUCAGCUGUCCCGGCCUCCCCGCUUCCUGCCAUCCAGAGGUGAAGUGCGAAAGAGGACCGGGAAGAAGCAGAGAUUCGGCCUGAACCCGAGAACUGUGGUAGGGGAGUCUCUCCCCCAGCCCACCCCGUGUAUUCUGGGCAGGCAUUAUGCUUUGGCGGGCGGCCCCGUUGAAAUAAGUCACCCAGGUAGCUGUGACUGGCAUGGGAGAACAAGCCAGAAGCAGUUUGGCUAUGCCGGGCCCCAGCCUCAGAGGAAAGGCACACAGCAGUUCCAGCAAACUUGAGCCUGACAGACGCUGCAUGUGUCUGGUGAUAAAUUCAGUGCUACACUUCCUUGUUGCCUUGGAACUGUUUGGGGGAAUAAAACUAAACCUAUGAGCCACUUAGAUAGAGCUCAUCACUGAAGCACACACAGGUAUAGCUACAGAGACCCAGGUAACACAAGGUACCUCCUUCUCAGCUGAACCCACUGAAACUAUGUGCGAGCUGGCUGCUGGUGGAAGGACGAAGGGAAAAAAGAAGAGCUUGCUGUGGCUAGGGAACCACAGCUUUCUAGAUUUAGCAUCCUGCUUUGGGCUUUCCCAGGCAUCCCCUUCCUACCCAGCAAGCAACCCCGUGAGAUGAGCGAAGAGGAGCUGUUAUCCCCCCCUGCCUCUGUUUUUGUUUUAAUACAGUUGAAGCUCAAAGAGCAGAGAGCUUGCUCGGGGUCUCCUGGCUAGUGAGGGGUCGCGCUGGGUUUCGAACCCUUGUUGAUCCGACUCUUAGCUCAAUACUCUUGUCACCACAGCGUGUUGCUUUGCUGGCAUACGGCAGGGAGUUCAGUUUCUCUCUUUGAGACAAAGAUCUGUAUCUCCAGCUGUUUCUACGAUGAGAAAUGGAUCCGCAGCCUGAUCAGCUGCCCAGGAAUUUAGGAAAGUAGUUGUGUCCUGUACAGCUGAUUGAAAAGGCAGGGGGCCUGUGUUAGUCUGGGCAGACUAGAGAACCAAAUUCAUAGACACUCAUGUGUAUAAGAAAGAGCUUUAA